UCUUCGAGUGCCAUGGAUCCCUCCACGGUGGCCGCUGCUACCCUGGCGGGCCAUGCUGGCCUAACGCAACCCGCACAGCCAGCUGCUUCGCAAGGAAAAAAAAAUAAGGUGGACCCCUUUGGUGCUGUGGUGACCGGCUUGAUACACCACAUGGAAGGUGUAGCUCACCCGCCGCCUCCACCACCCAUUUGGGGGGCCGAAUUGGACGAUCCAGAGCUGGGGCCGAAAAUUGCGCUGGCGGCAGAGGAAGCAAUGAAAAGCAUCAAGGCUGACUGGGGUCCGGUCUUUGUCUAUGGCCCCAUGCUACUGCCUGCCGUGUGGGGCGAGUUGAUUGGACGCGUCCCGGAAAUGGCACCAGCCAAGAUCUUUGGUUUCCUGCGCCGGGGGCUCAUUUGCUCGCCCGAGGCGGCUCUGGUAGAGGAAGAGACCUCCCUGGCCGUUGGGCAGGUGGUCUAUGGCCUUCUCCCAUGGGAACGAAAGUUGGUGGAUGUCAUGAUGGAGGACACCUUUACCAUGACGAAAGGCUUCGUAAGACUCAUUGAGGAUGAGGAGCAGCAAGACCUGGACGUGACGCUGUAUUUGUGGCGAGAAGACUUCAUGGACGGGGUCACAGAUGAAGACUGGUCCAUCGAGACCUUUGAGGAGGAGUGGUUGGAUCAGUACCUGGACAUGUGCCGCGAUAUGCGACGACAAAAGAAGAUGGAGGCCAUGGCAGACGAGGAGCUCAAAGAAGCCACGCUGACGGGUCGGAGAUUGAAGGUGGAAGAGGGUGAGCUCCAAGACGGCGUCGUUUCUGGCCGCAGCUGCGCAUUUUCAUGGGGCUGGAUUGCCUUGGGCUUAGCCGGGCCGGCUCUUGACGUUAGUGACUCUGGCUCCAGCACCGCUGCAAACGGCUCCGCGAAGCGGGCCAAGGCAGAAGUGUGGGGCAUCGUGUUGCCGUUGACAAAAAGGUAUGAUAGCCAGGAGCGCAGAAAUGCCAUCUGCAGGCGCCAAGCCCAGAUGUUGGACGAGCAAAUCGCUGAGAAGCACCGCCGCGAGGAGAAAGCGCGACAACGCGAACUUGAGGAGGAGCGACAGCAGUUCAGACCCAAAAACGAGCCGCAGAGCCAAGCUCCACAGCAGCCGUGGCAGCCCUACCAGCCUUAUGAGCCGCCCCCUCCGGCUGCGCAACAACAGCACCUCAGCGAGUUUUCAGUUUCACCCCCAGCCGCGGCACGUCCCUUUGCCUUCAACAUGGCCCAAGCUGCAAGGGCGCAGGCACCGCAACAGAUGCAGCCGUCCUUUUUGCAACAGUUGCACCAGCAACUCUUGUACCAGCCCUUGAUGCAGCUGCCCAGUUUGCUGGCGCAACCUCCACAACAGCAAUUGCCCCAGUUGCCACCCCUGCCAAAACACAGCUUCUGGGAGGUGCCGUCCUUCCAGUUGCCGCAGCUGCCUCCUGCAGCGCUUCCAUCUCUGCAACAGAGGGCCGAGUCGGUGGACAGCUUCCGGCGGGAGGUGGCUUCUUCCGCUCACGGCUCCAAACGCCCCAGUGCCAGCGAGUCACCGCGCAGGGCCAGGAGGCGUGGCGCGGUGGUCGACAUCGAAGCUGAGUGGCGAGAGUGGGACGCGAACCCCGAAGCUGGUGGAUUCUUGAAAUUCCACGAAUACACCUAA